AUGUUGCUGGCCUUUACAAGGAGACCAGUGCAGACCCUCAGGGUUAAGAUGGCACUUCUGGGAAGUUCUGGUGUGGGAAAGUCCAGCCUGGCUUUGAGAUUCUGCAAAGGACAGUUCAGAAGUACAUCACCUACUGUGGGCUGUGCCUACCUGACCCAGGUCGUGCAUCUGAGCAACAUCACUUUUCGAUUUGAAAUAUGGGACACUGCAGGGGAGGAGAAAUACCACAGUAUCACCCCACUGUACUACAGAGGAGCCCACGCUGCACUGCUGGUCUAUGACAUCAGCAAAAGGGAAACAUUUAUCAGAGCUCAAGUGUGGCUCAAAGAGCUUGAGAAACAGUACAUUCCAGGAUCUACUGUCAUAUGGCUGAUAGGCAACAAGGCAGAUCUAGCUAUGGAUCGGCAAGUGUCAAUGAAGGAGGGACAGAGUCUAGCCACUGACAGGGGCUUGUUCUUCACAGAGACCUCAGCCCUGUCAGGAGAUCAAGUCAAUGAGCUGCUGUUAAGUGUAGCCCACAGAGUGAACGAGUGCAUUGGAGCGCAGCAGGGAGGCCUGUCAGAGUGGCAGGAGCCAGCACUUGUGGAUCUGCGUCAUCAAAACAGAUUCAAUCCAUUUGGAUCCUGCUGCAAAGUUGGGCCCUAAUCCAUGUGCCUGUCAGUUGUAUUG